AUCUUGCAAAAUUGGACAAACCCUCUGUGACUUUGUACGACAACAAGAGGUCGUACCUACGAACCGUGCUCGGAAGGGAAGCGCCAUCAGCGAAGAUGGUACUACUUCCUGCACCACGCAGCCUCAAAGGAAUACCUCCAUUUCUAACGAGGAGCAAACUGUGCAGGGAGCUACUAUACAAAAGUCGCGACACCGUUCGUUUAAUAGGUCUGCCUCUUCUAGGCAUAAACCGAACCCGACAUCAAAACUAAAAGACACCCUGAGCAGAAAGCCCAAUCGCAAGCAAGACGCACUUUCUACACACACAAGCACCAGCGGCACUAGCAGCACCACAUCGAUCCAGUCAUCACCUAUCGAGCCAUCUUCCUCUUUGCCAACGCUUUACACUACAAAUACACCACCGGCUUCCAGCAAAGGUAACCUAUUUUUGCGGGUUUUGCGUCGCUUUUCCAGCAGCAGCAACUCCCCAACUGGCAAGACGGCCGUGAGCCCCAGAAACGAAGACGAGGCAGCGGCAGCAAAGGUCAACGAAAACAACAACGGCGCCCAGAACGAUUCACCGCAAGCGACUGAAAUCGAUGUAGAUGUGCUCCGCUCUCCAGUCCUCCAGCACAGGGAACACAAUGAGGACAGAAUGGAUGACAAAGCUGAGAUGCCUGGGGAUGCCAUGAGCCAAAAAGCUGGUGUAGGUUCCGGCAAUUUAAAAAGAAAAGACAAGUCGUCGGCCAAGGGGGCAACGCCAGCGGCUGUUGUAACGGACACUAAAAAAAUGGAGGCCAGGAAGUCCUCCUCGGACACGGUGAUCGAGCCGUUAAUUAAGCAACAGGCUCCACUGCACUCGUCCAAAACGACGCCCACGACCCUGACCGCGAACUUCGUUCAAAACAUUCGAUUUGUCCGGAAGAAUGUGGAGCAAUCGGGCAGAAACACUAAUCCGCUGCAGUUCGUCGAGCUGGAGACGGAGUUUCCACGCGACUAUGAUGACAACAUCGAAAUGCUGUCCCGCGAGGCGGAGCAUUUGGAGGAGCAGUUCCGCACGCCCACGCGUUCGAAUGCCACGGAUGCCACCUCUCACCAAGUGGCCGGCAUUAUCGAGACCAUAAUCACCGAGGCGUCACGAAGUCUGGCAAUCGAAAAGACUGAAGACGAUGUGCCAUUAAAGUCCUCCACCAAGCACUCGAGCGGUGUUAAGCGCGUCGGCUUUCAGGUCGAGGAGAAAGACGACACCGAGAUUCUGAGCGAGAAGCAGCCGAAAAGCAUCGAUGAUAUUGCCAAGAAGUUGGAAACCACCGAGGUCAGUGCCGAGGAGGCAGCUGCCACCAGCGGUACAUCCACUGAUGCAUCCGCUUCGCUGAUGCCCUCCGCAGCGGCGGUGUCGACCACCUCGUCGGCCACAUCGAUCACCAAGAGUAAAAGCGAUGAGGACGAUGACCCAGUGGCCAUGUCGCCAUGCGGCCGGUUCUUUAAGUACGACAAGGAGGUUGGGCGCGGUUCCUUCAAAACCGUCUAUCGUGGCUUGGACACCUUGACGGGGGUGCCAGUUGCCUGGUGCGAGUUGCUGGACAAGCAAGUGAAGAAAAGCGAACGCACCAGAUUCCGCGAGGAGGCAGACAUGCUAAAGAAGCUCCAGCACCCGAACAUCGUGCGAUUCUAUACAUAUUGGGAGUUUCCCAUUGGGCGCAAGAAGAAUAUAGUACUAGUCACCGAACUAAUGUUAUCUGGAACAUUGAAAUCCUAUUUAAAACGGUUCAAGAAAAUACACCCAAAGGUAUUGAAGUCAUGGUGUCGCCAGAUUCUGAAAGGACUCAACUUUCUGCAUACUCGUCAAUUUCCUAUAAUUCAUCGUGAUUUGAAAUGUGAUAAUAUUUUUAUAACUGGCACCACUGGCAGUGUUAAAAUCGGCGACUUGGGCCUGGCAACGUUGAAGAAUCGCUCCCAUGCAAAAUCUGUGAUUGGUACGCCGGAGUUCAUGGCGCCAGAAAUGUACGAGGAGCACUAUGACGAAUCGGUGGAUGUCUAUGCGUUCGGCAUGUGCAUGUUGGAGAUGGCCAUCUCCGAGUAUCCGUACAGCGAGUGCAAAGGUCCGGCGCAGAUCUACAAGAAGGUGAUAUCCGGCAUCAAGCCAGCAGCGCUGGCCAAAGUGGAGGAUCCCAAUGUGCGUGACAUCAUUGAGCGGUGCAUCGAACUAAAGAAGGAGGACCGUCCCAGCUGCAAUGAACUCCUGGAGUCGGAGUUCUUCGAUGAGGACAUCGGCAUCCGCGUGGAACCCACUGCCUCCGAACAGUUCCUCUCCGAUCCCAGCAUCAGCAUCAUCGAGUUUCGGCUGCGUUUCAUGGACCCCAAGAAGCGUUCCUCCCGACACAAGGAGAACGAGGCAAUUCAGUUCGAGUAUAACAUCAAGCACGAUGAGUACGAGCAGAUUGCUCAGGAAAUGAUGAAGGAGAACAUUAUAUCAGAGGACGACUCGCGCGCUGUAGCCCGGCUCCUCAAAGUCCAGGUUGUUUCAUUGCUGAAGGAGCGCGCUCAGCGCCAGACGCAGAUCAAGCUGCAGAACGAGAAGUCGCGCCUGGAGAAGCUGGCACUACAAAAGCAAAGGGAAAGCUUGCCCACAAAUGUCGACGAGGAUGAGGAGGAAGAUGAGGAGUCCGAGGACGAGGAAGACGGUGUUAAAUGGAAUCAGCGGCUGCAAUUCAAGUACGACAUGUUGAACACCGAUUCAGAGACAAGCCUCGCUCUCUCUACGAACAGCGCUGAGCCGCAGAUUCUCUCCACGCGCUCGAACACUUCCAUCCCGAACACAAACCAGCAGCCGCCAGUGCAAGUGCAAGUCCCUGUGGCCGUUUCCCAGUUGAUCUCGGUGCAGCCACAGGUCCCAGCCAUUGCCAUGCAACAGAAGCCAACUGUGCACUACAUCCAGCCGCCGCAGCUUGCGUCCUACCAGGGUUCGACGAUGCCGGAGAUGUCCAACAGCCAACAGGUUAUUUCACCAACAAGCAGCCAGCAAAUGCAGCAGCAACCCCAAGUGACACCGUCGGCCAUCAGUCAUCAACAGCAGCAGCAGCACCAGCAAGCUGGCAAUCAGCAGCAGCCGCAGCAGCAAAUGAUGCAGCAAAUGCAACAGCAAGUGCCGCCUCAGACUGUUUUGCCCAACCAGCAACAUGAACAACAACCGCAGCAACAACAACCAGAUCAGCAAACAGGCCAGAUUCAGAUUCCCCUGCAGCAACAAUUGCAGCAGCUAAUGCAUGCGAGCGUCCAGUCACCGGACAUGGCCCAGCAGCACCAAAUGGCCCAGCAACAAGCCCAGCAAUAUUUCCAGCAGCAGCAGCAACCACAGGCGAACCUCAACCAAAUGCAUCCGAAUCAACUGGCGCAGCAUCAACAGCAGCAGGCGUAUGCGAUGCAGCAGACGAACCAGCAGCAACAGUUAUCGCAGACACUCCAAAUUCAGCAGCAGCAGCAGAUGAUACAGCAGCAACAACAGCAGGUGGCUGCUUCUCAUCAGCAGCAGCAACAGCAACACCAGCAACAACAACAACAGAUCUUGCAACAACAACUUGCUCAGCAUCAGUUGCAACAGCUCCAGCAGCAACAGCAGCAGCUUCAGCAGCAACUGCAGCAACAACAACUUCAACAACAACAAUUCGUGCAACAGUAUGCCCAGCCAAUGCCACAGCAAUUAAUUGCUGGAUCACAGGUGAUGGCUCCCAUGCAGAUUCCCGUGCAGAUGCAAGUGCCAUCCACUUCUGUGGCUCCUGCAAUGCAACAACCACUGACUCAGACGUACAACCAACAGGCUCAGCAACUACAGCCUCAAGUGCCUCCUCUCUCUGCUGAUCCCCAGCAGCAGCAGCAACAGCAACAUGCAGGAUUUGCGCCGAUAUCUAAUCAGCAGCAACACUCACAAUUCGUUCAGCAGCAGCAGGCGCCUCCGGCUCAGCAACCUAUACAGUUGUCCUUGCCAUUAGAGCAGCAAUUGCAGCAGUUGUUGCACAGCCAGCCACUGCAACAACAACCAUUACAACAACAGCAGCAGCAACAACAACCUAUUGUCCAGCAGCAACAGCAACAACCUAUUUCCCAGCCACCUAUUGUCCAGCAGCAACAGCAACACUCAAUUCCGCAGCAACAGCAGGCACCACAGCUAAAAAACGUUGUCCAGCACCCGCAGGCACAGCCUCAAGUGGAUGAACAGUUGCAGAUGCCUUUGCAAGGGAUCCAAAUCCAGAUGGAAAGUCAGCAGUUGAGCCAGACUAAUCCAGAGCAGCAAGCUACUGCAUCGGAGAUUAUGUCUGUUAGCAAUAGCUUAACCCUAACAAAUCUCGAAAGUGCAUCGGCAGAUACAGCAGAAAAGCUAAAGCAGCAGCAACAGGGGAACACUUCUGCGAGUCGUGCACAGAAGCCGAGACGUUCCAAUCGGAGCGGCAACGAACGGAUUCCCAAACUAAGUGUUACCAGUGUAGACGAGGGAAGCGUCAUAAAUUGUCACAUGGAGAACAAGCUGAAAACGAUUACUUUCAAAUUUGACAUUGGAGAUGUGAAUCCCGUUGAAAUUGCCAACAAAUUGAUCGCUCAAGAUUUGCUUUCGAAUUGCCAAAGUACAGUAUUUGUGGAAAUGAUCAAUGAAAUUGUUGACCAAGUCAAACAGAAUCCCAACCAAAUCCCUAUACCAACCAAUUAUCGCCGCAAUAUUGAAAAGCGGGAUGAAACCGCCAGCGACAUAACCAAGAUGUUCGAGCCCACCAUCCAUGGUGUUGAGACACUGCACUCCGGGGGAGGGGGUUCGGAGCCAAUGAACUCCACAUUGACAAUCGAGGCAAAAUCGCACGUCUCUAGGAUAGCAAAUGCCCAAGAAUCCCAGGGGAAUGUUGGCACACCGCCGACCACCGCUUCAACACUGUCGUCCUCCUCAACUGCAUCAAGGGACGCGCCCAAUAGCAGCAACGACGUGACCAUCGGAUCCGGCUCCGUCUCGCGCAAGACGAGCACAGCCUCGGAGUACACAUCGCUGUCGAUUGACUACAUGCCAGAUAGUAACAUUACGCCAACGGGCGCGGAACCCGUUCUCGAUGAAAUAAAGGAUAGAUCGAAACCAUGCUCCCUGGCCAUCGCUCGGAUGCAAAAACUCCUGGAGUCAACUGGCAGCGGAGCUCCUCGGAGCCUCAAUCUGCCCUUGAAUCGACAUCUUAAGAUCCAGGAGGACCUAAAACACACCAGAAGCCUGGACGACUUGACCGCAGUGAAAAUUACAUUCGACAUGCCCAACAAGGCCUCCGCGGAGUCAUCGGAGGACAGUCAGCCAGAGGCAAUCGAGGCCGAGAGGCCCCAUGAUAAAUCAGGCCAAGCCCAGGCAGCAGCUAACCAGGGAGCUGGAGCUGCCAAUACCUUGGAACAGCUGAAGAUCGAGCUUGAGAACAUAACGCAUGCUCAUGCGUUUGCCUCAGCUGUAGUGGCAUCCAUCAAUAACCGAGCUCCUCACCAGUCCUCUCCGGCCAUGUCAUCGCUCAAGGCUUCUUCUGGCAAUCCGCAGGCACAAGAGCUUAACAAACCAAAUAACACUGUUGGCGGAUCAGCAUCCUCUGUGGGCCAGAACACCCCCAAUGCAGCACUGACCUCGGCCAGGGGCUCUGGCUCCUCUCUUUACAAUUCCCGACGCACUUCAAUCGACAACAGCGUGGGGUCCGAUGUGCACCUGCAGGCUGCCACUAAUCUUGAGGCGCUGUCCGUCGGCAACUCGGAUCCGACUCCGACUGACACUACACCUAGCAACGAGAAUCAGCUAUCAAAGCAGCCCAGCCUGGAGAAACCCCCUUCAGCUACUUUGAUUUCGACCGGCGGCAGUGAGGCCCCGCAAAGGAAUCCCAGCAACGGAUCACUCAAUCAGAACUCCAUAGCGGACUUGGAGAAGAAAUUGGCCGCUUUGCGGAACGCAGACAACGCCGAAGAGCCAGCGACAGCCACAUUGUCGGCAGUGCCUAAACAGGUUGAGGAGGCCGUCGGCAGUAAUCCAAGUGCUCGGAAGAUUUCACGAUUCAGCGUUAGUCGUGUGCAGGAGCAGAAGGCCGCAGCUGGGACAGAGGAGCCGCCACAAGGUCAGCUAAAGAUUGAUCUGCAGGUGGCGGGCUCUGGGUCUGGCCCAGUUCAGAGCAACAGCUCGGUGCAGAACGGCAGUGUGGUGAACACACCAACCACUGAGCUAAUAAGCUCUCCAAUUCAAGCGGUUCCGCUGGCCAUUAACGGCAUUCAGUUGAUUUACCAACAGCCCCAGCCGAUUCACCAACUCCCCGUAGUUAGCGGUGCCUCCGCCACCUCAACGGCUGGAGCGGCCACCUCAACGGCCCAGUGCAUUGUGGUGCCUCAAGUGAUCAACCAGAAUGGAUCAACACAGAUGCAGCAAAUGCCCAACAUGCAAGCACAGCAGCCGCAACAACUGGUGCAUCAGAAUAUGCCCCAACAGUCUGGACUCAAUGGCCACUCCACGAUGGUCACCGCCAUCCAGCAGCAGGCCCUUCCGAUGCAGUCAAUUCAGCCACAGCAGCAGCAGAACCUCAUGCCGCAACAGUCAAUAAUGAUGCAACAACACCAGCAACAGCAACCGAGCAGUUCGCAGCCAUUCAAUGUGCCUGCCACACAACAGCAGCCCUUCAUGCAAACCCAGUCCAAUCAGCAGCUUCACUCGCUCUCGCUACCACCCCAGGUGGUGAGCAUGGGCCAGGGAAUGCCUCACCAGCUGGCUCCCAUGCCGUCGAUGUCUGCCCAGCAGCAACUAAUAUCGCAGCAGCAGCACCAACUGCAAAUGCAAUCGCAUAUGCAGCAGUCGUACAACCAGCAGGCAGGAGCACCGCAGAACUACCAAGGAGCCGCUGUUGCCAAUCAUUUGCUGCAGCAGGCGCCUUUGAUGACGUCCCAGCAAACAGCACAGCCCAUGCAGCACGUUAUGCAACCGCUUUUUAAUGCAUCAGCUGGCGAAGUUACCGAAGAGCCUGUGUCUCUAGCAGCUACGCAUCCCCAUUUGUUACCAAGUGACAUUCAAUCCGACAUAAAGCACAACCUAGACUCCCUAGUCAACCAAUUGUGCAACACGAGAUUGGGUACGAACCAGCACCAACGGCUGCUGCUGUUACGCCAGCGGCAACUCAUUGAAGAGGACGAGCUACGCCUAAAACAUUAUGUGGAAUACGAAAAGUUUCAGAAGGCGCUGCGCCAAUCUAUUAGCACAAACGUUCCAGCGACUGCCGCUUACUAUUCACCCGCUGCCACACAGCUUCCGACUAACUUGGCAGCUCCAGCAGCGCCGUCCUCAGUAAAUCAAACAUCGACGAGCUCCGCAAACACAUAAACAUAACACGCACCUUUGACAAGUCAUGCCCACAGCACUCUCUUUCCUCGGCAAUAUAAUUCGCUCGAGUGUGAAAUGUCGGUAUAUUUUAAGCAAAAAGUUGUCAAAUGUCACGGGGCUGUCUGUAAAUAUUAGUCAAACGCUUCUUGUUGAUAUGCCAUUUAUUUCCCUUUUCCUUUGUUUCACUUCCUAAUUUCUUGCUUCUUAUUUUCGAUCUUGGCUUUCGUUUAUUUGUUUAAAGUAAAUAUUACACAUUUAGGAACUUUUUAAGAAAAUUGUACAUUUUAUUAGUAAAAAAGAACUGUAAAUAAACAUUUCGAUAAUGUAAUAAUAUAACAAAGCAUAUAGGAAUAUUACACAAUAAUCAUCAUUUAUUCAGAGUGAUGUAUAAAUACUGCGUAGUUACUAAAUAAAUAACUUAUUACCAAA